AGCCGGCUUUGGAUUAUUUUUGAUUAUUUUCGCAUUUAGGGUUGCAUGUUGGUAGUGUACAAGUAAUAUUUGACCUUGCAUAAUCUGGGUGACGAAUAGUUUUCCAUCUCUAGAAGUAAUCAGCACGGCCAAACAUUAAAAUGAGCAAAAGGCUUGCGAAGAGAACUUUCUCUGACAUACCAAAGCACCCGUGCUCUGGCUUGAGCCUGUGUUGCUGGUGACGCUUCGGUGGCUGUAGAAAGGAUUCUAGCUGGUUGACCAUGUUACAAAACCUACGGUAUACCAUAAUUUAUGGCUCAAAAAAGACGACUCUGAGUUGAGCCCAGGAUGGUGCGUGUGAAUGGGAAAAGGGAUGUCCGGAUUCUCCUCGUCGGGGAUUCUGGAGUUGGAAAAACGUCAUUGAUCUUGUCCCUGGUGAGCGAAGAGUUCCCGCCAGAUGUUCCUCCGCGUGCGGAAGAGAUCACCAUCCCCGCAGACGUGACGCCAGAACGUGUUCCCACGCGCAUUGUCGACUUUUCCACACAAGAGCAAGAUCUCGAGAACCUUGCUGAAGAAAUCAGUAAGGCCAAUGUCGUGUGUAUCGUCUACGCCGUCGACAACGACGACACCAUUGACAAGAUUACAGAAUAUUGGUUGCCGCUCAUCAGAGAACAGCUCGGAGAAGAGCAUCACACGCCCGUUGUGCUGGUUGGCAACAAGGUGGACCUCGUGGAGUACAGCUCUCUAGAGAUGAUUGUGCCCAUCAUGAACCAGUUUGAAGAAGUUGAGACCUGCGUUGAGUGUUCAGCGAAGACUCUGAAGAACAUAUCGGAGUUGUUUUACUAUGCCCAGAAAGCAGUGCUGCAUCCCACUGGACCGCUCUACGUUCCGCAGCGACGAGAUCUCACGGACCGCUGCAGGGCUGCUCUGACGAGGGUCUUCAAAAUAUGCGACACAGACAACGACGGCAUCUUGAAUGACGUCGAGCUGGACCAGUUUCAGAGGCGUUGCUUCAAUACCCCCCUGGAACACCAUGCGCUGCGUGACUUAAAAAUGUUAGUGGAGAAGAAUCUCCCCGAAGGUGUAGAGAGCGACGGAAUAACGCUCGAGGGCUUCCUGUUUCUACAGAAACUGUUCAUCCAGCGAGGUCGUCACGAGACGACGUGGACCAUCCUGCGCAAGUUUGGUUACGAUGACAGCUUGUACCUGUCACGUGACUACCUCUCGCCGUCCUUACGUGUUCCCCUGGGGAGCACGACAGAGCUGACCACACUCGGAUACCACUUUCUGACAGAGCUCUUUGAGAAGCACGACAAGGACGAUGAUGGCUGCCUAUCUCCAUUGGAGUUAGACAUGCUGUUCCAGUGCUGUCCAGGACUGCCAUGGGGUCCGGAACUGGUGGGUACCGUGAGGACUAGCGAAGAUGGCUGGCCGACACUGCCUGGCUUCCUUGCUCAAUGGACGUUGAUGACAGCAUUAGACGUCCACAAGACCCUGGAAUACUUGGGUUACCUGGGCUAUGCCGUCGGUACGGAUGACUGCCAACUUUCUGCCAUUCAUGUGACGCGCGAGAAGCAGCUGGACCUGGAACAGCGUCAGACCUCGCGGGGAGUACUACACUGCCAAGUGGUCGGACCGCAGGGCGCCGGAAAGACGAGCUUCCUGCGAGGUCUCCUCGGCCACACUCUAGAAUACCAGCAGCAGACUCAUUACCAUCCGUCGCAGUACGCCAUUGACGUGUUGCCCGUGUAUGGGCAGGAUAAGUACCUUCUGUUGCACGAGGUCGACGUGCUUGGGAGCGGCAACGACUCCAUGACACCGAUUGAGCUACACUGCGACGUCGUCUGCCUCAUGUUUGACUCCAGCCAUCCGCGGUCAUUCGAAUACGUGGCACGGACAUACCUGAAACACUUGAGCGGCAGCUCCGUGCCAGUCCUCGUUGUUGGUGCCAAAGGGGAUCGCGGAACAGUCCGACAGGACUACCCGUUGCAGCCGGCGCAGUUCUGCGCGCGGCACCGCCUGCCGCCACCCCAGCGGUUUUCCUGCGCUCUUCGCCCGCAGGUGCCGAGAGAUGUAUACGUAAAGCUGGCCACCAUGGCUGCAUAUCCAAGUUUGCGACGUCUCGUGCACGUGCUGCUGGUACGUCCCGUGCCUUCGUGGCUUGCGCAAUACACCAGUCGGCUGCUCGAUGCCCCGACAGACCCGACGCUGUGGCUGCAAGCGGGGCUGGGCGUUGCGGCGACGGCCCUGGUCGGGGUGCUGUUGAUAAGGAUGCUGCGUGCUAAUAGAUAACACUGCCAUGCAUGAGAAGCAAGCACACCACUAGAUACAAUCUCAAGAUUGUACCCGUGCCUGAGUCAGCUUGGAGCUGUGUUGUGUUGUGCUUCAGGACAUGGGACUGCCACAUCAUUGUCUUUGUUUUGUUGCCAUUUCUCUUUCUGUUAGGUAAACAAAUUGUGGCACAGAUUUCAGUUUUUAGACUGUAGAGUCCUGGAUAGUGACCUACGUUUCGUUUCUCAGAAGAGAAGAAUUGUGCUUAUGCGACAGGACACGUGUUCAUCGGGAAAUCUGUUUGUCGUGCGCGAGCCUGAAGAUACGUCGGUACGUUUGGUAAUGUGAUAAAUGCUGUGUAUAUGCUGUAGAGCAUCUGCAAGAUGUCAGUAGAUUAUUAUAUAAAGUAUCACAUUCUGAGACAA